CCCCGGGCGGUCGGACGGGCGGGCACCGGUCGGAACUCGGGCCGUGCCGGCUGAGAGAUCUGAAGCGCUCGGUUUCCCCCCCCACCCCGGGCCGGAGCGGGGGCGGGAGGGGGCGCGGGCCCGGGGGAUGCUGGGCUCUGUGAAGAUGGAGGCCCAUGACCUGGCCGAGUGGAGCUACUACCCGGAGGCGGGCGAGGUCUACUCACCGGUGACCCCAGUGCCCACCAUGGCCCCCCUCAACUCCUACAUGACCCUGAACCCUCUGAGCUCUCCCUACCCCCCCGGGGGGCUCCCUGCCUCUCCGCUGCCCUCAGGACCCCUGGCGCCCCCAGCCCCCGCGGCACCCCUGGGGCCCACCUUCCCGGGCCUGGGUGCCAGCACUGGUGGAGGCAGCAGCUCAGGGUACGGGGGCCCGGGCCCGGGGCUGGUGCACGGGAAGGAGAUGCCAAAAGGCUACCGGAGGCCACUGGCCCAUGCCAAGCCGCCAUAUUCCUACAUCUCGCUCAUCACCAUGGCCAUCCAGCAGGCGCCGGGCAAAAUGCUGACCCUGAGUGAGAUCUACCAGUGGAUCAUGGACCUCUUCCCUUACUACCGGGAGAACCAGCAGCGCUGGCAGAACUCCAUCCGCCACUCCCUGUCUUUCAACGACUGCUUUGUCAAGGUGGCGCGCUCCCCAGACAAGCCAGGCAAGGGCUCCUACUGGGCCCUGCACCCCAGCUCAGGUAACAUGUUUGAGAAUGGCUGCUACCUGCGCCGCCAGAAGCGCUUCAAGCUGGAGGAGAAGGUGAAGAAGGGGGCUGGGGGGACGUCCACCUCCAGGAACAGUGCAGGGUCUGCUGCCCCGGCCACCACGCCUGCUGCCACGGUCACCUCUCCCCCCCAGCCCCAGCCUCCACCGCCUGAGCCCGAGGCCCAGGGUGGGGAAGACGUGGGGGCUCUGGACUGUGGCUCUCCCCCUUCGUCCACCCCCUACUUCGCUGGCCUUGAGCUCCCAGGGGAGCUGAAGCUGGAUGCACCCUACAAUUUCAACCACCCCUUCUCCAUCAACAACCUGAUGUCGGAACAGACACCAGCACCUCCUAAACUGGACGUGGGGUUUGGGGGCUAUGGGGCAGAGGGUGGGGAGCCUGGGGUGUACUACCAGGGUGUCUAUUCCCGCUCUCUGCUUAACGCAUCCUAGCAGGGGCGUGGGAGCGUGGUGGGUGGGGUAUGGCUGUAGCUCCCACCAUCUGGCCCUUGGGGCCUGACCCACCUGGUGACACUUUGCUUGUCCCGUCAGUUAACAUCUUGGCUGGUCUGUUACUGUGGUGACUGCUGUCUCUGUGGGCAUCAUGUCUAUCCUUUGGGUACUGUGAUGACUGCCAUCGACAUGGUGGUGGGCCCGCUGGGUGUUACAAAGACUGCCGUAUUGAUCGAUGUUAUAAGUUGAUCCAUUGGGUGCUCUGAUGGCUGCCAUCUUGGAUGACAUUUUAGUUGGCCCUUUGGACAUGGUGAUGGACGUCCUCUUGACUGACCCUUUGCAUGUGAUGGUGAUACCAUUGCAAUUACAACUUCUUUGGCCC